UGCACCCCCCCGGCCCCCCACCCCAUGGUCGGGGCUUCCAGCCGCCUCAUCUCCCUUCAUUCUGGGCUGCCAUCUGAGGCGAAUGAAGACCUGCGGAAUCUGUCGCUCUCCGGACAUGUUGGCUUUGAUAGUCUUCCCGACCAGCUGGUCAACAAGUCCACCUCCCAAGGUUUCUGCUUCAACAUCCUCUGUGUCGGAGAGACUGGCAUCGGCAAGUCGACGCUGAUGGACACCCUGUUCAACACCAAAUUCGAGAGCGAGCCGGCCACGCACAACGAGCCCGGGGUGCGGUUGAAAGCCCGGAGUUACGAGCUCCAGGAGAGCAACGUGCGCCUGAAGCUGACCAUCGUGGACACGGUGGGCUUCGGAGACCAGAUCAACAAAGAUGACAGCUACAAACCCAUAGUGGAAUACAUCGACACCCAGUUCGAAGCCUUCCUUCAGGAGGAGCUGAAGAUCAAGCGUUCCCUGUUCAAUUAUCACGACACCAGGGUCCAUGCCUGCCUCUACUUCAUCGCACCCACGGGCCACUCACUCAAGUCCCUGGACCUGGUCACCAUGAAGAAGCUCGACAGCAAGGUGAACAUCAUCCCCAUCAUCGCCAAGGCGGACACCAUCGCCAAGAACGAGCUGCACAGGUUCAAGAGCAAGAUCAUGAGCGAGCUCGUGAGCAACGGGGUGCAGAUCUACCAGUUCCCCACAGAUGAGGAGACCGUGGCCGAGAUCAACACCACCAUGAGUGUCCACCUUCCGUUCGCCGUGGUUGGCAGCACCGAGGAGGUGAAGAUCGGCAACAAGAUGGCCAAGGCCAGGCAAUACCCGUGGGGCGUGGUGCAGGUGGAGAACGAGAACCACUGUGACUUCGUGAAGCUGCGGGAGAUGCUGAUCAGGGUGAACAUGGAGGACCUGCGGGAGCAGACGCACACCCAGCACUACGAACUGUACCGCCGCUGCAAGCUCGACGAGAUGGGCUUCAAGGACACCGACCCGGACAGCGAGCCCUUCAGCCUGCAGGAGACGUAUGAAGCCAAGAGGAACGAAUUCCUGGGCGAACUCCAGAAGACCGAGGAAGAGAUGAGGCAGAUGUUCGUCAUGAGGGUGAAGGAGAAAGAGGCUGAGCUGAAGGAGGCUGAAAAAGACCUGCACGAAAAGUUUGACCUGCUGAAGCGGACCCACCAGGAGGAGAAGCGGAAAGUGGAGGACAAGAAGAAGGAGCUGGAGGAUGAGGUGAACAGCUUUCAGAAGAAGAAAGCAGCGGCUCAGCUCCUCCAGUCCCAGGGCCAGCAGGCCGGGGCCCCCCCUACCAAGAAGGACAAGGAGAAGAAAAAUAGUCCUUGGCUCUGCACGGAGUAAACGGUGUGCCUCCCUUCCUCUCUAGUUUGGGAUGUGCUUUCUCCCACAUCUUCUUCUUUCUGUAAUCCUCCCGUGGGCCAGCCCUUCUCUCUCCUAGCGGACAGUAGCACCUAAAGGAGCAGCAGCAGUUGUAAAUAGACCUAUUCGGGGAGCCUGCCCUCCCAGCCGGCACUGACUCCUUCCCCUUUAGACCACGGGCCGCGGGCCGGAGGGUCUGUCUGCUCGCCCCCGCCACCCCACCCUCCGCAGCAGUCUGAGGGAGCAGAGCGCGGGACAGGGGGACACUGCUUGGUGACUGGUAAACAAGACUCGCCCAGACUGUGGAGCCAGUCGAUACUCCUCUAGGCCCUGGCCCACGAGCAGCUUCGACGGCAGCCCGCUCGGGCCAGAAGACCGGUUCUGUUUCCCGCUGGCUUUUGGUCACUCGGUUCACGCCGCAUGGACCGAGAUGCGGAGAGAAUGUCUUCUUUACCUUGCUUUUACUCUCCGGGGGAUGAACCCGGGUCCAGGAGGGGCUGGAGGAGCGGCCCUGGCUGGCAAGGUCUGGCACGUCUGCACCGGGGCUCCCAGGCACCAGGAUGCCAGUGGUUUGCGGAGAAGAGGAGGAGAAUGAGUCGGAGCUCUGUUCGGGUUGGGGGCGGCAUCUGACUGGAGAGCUGGGCCUCACCUCGUGGGUUUGGAAUGAUCGCCUCCGUGGUUUGGGCUGCUGCUCACAGGCUGGGAGAUAUCCCAGCCUGGAACAUUGUACCCAACUUUAUGUAGCGGUAUCAUGGCAGGUUUCCAGGGAAGGACCUGGAACUCUUUCUGUGUGCGGCGACUUAGCGGGACAGCCUGUCCAGCCCAGUACUCUAUCUCCAAUGGGGGAACCAGAUGGCUAAGAGGAACUAGGUCUUUAUCGUGAUUAGAAAUGGAUCAGCCAACACCCCUAACCCCUCUCUACCCUUGACCCACUCCCUCGCCUUCCACCAUGGACCCUUUGUCCAGGGGUUCUUCCUUCUGGACCCCUUGCUGAUGUUUCUGGCUUCCUGUGGGAACGGAUUCCACUGUGGUCACCUCUGCUAGAUGAAAAGGGCUCUAGGGUGGCUUCUCAGCUCUAUUUCCAAGUGUCCAGCUGCAACAGACUCAGUUUCCGCCAAUCUCCGUCUCUUUCGCCCUUGGGAGAAAGAGCAAGGGGCCUGCUGUUGAGAGCAGUCCCAAACCCGCCCUGGCUCCCCUUUGUAGAGCACAGCAGGGACAUUCCAACCCAUCCAAGGGUCCAGCUGGGACAGGGCCUGGUGGCCUAGGGAUCAAAGCUCCCAGGGCAGAACCAGACUGGACUCUGAAUCUUCAUUCACCCCCUUAGGUCCCCAUUCCAGCCUGCUCUGCCCACCAGUGAGUAUCAUUCAGGCCCUCUGUUCCUCCUCCUUCCCUCCCCUUUCUCCCUCCUCCCACGGGCUCACUUCUCCGCCCCCUUCCCUCCCGCCACCCCCCCAUUCCCCAGCCCAGACCCUUCCUCUGGAUAAACCUCAUUUAUUUAAGGAUCUGCUUCACUUUCUAAAAAAGCAAAUUUGUCCCUGUUGAGUAGCUUGACCACUACUACCCUUCUGUCCUUACUGGGGGUAACUGGUAUUGACUGUGCUUUAAUUCGUGCUGGGCAGGGCGGGGGUGGGGUCUGGGAUCUUCCCCCCCACCCUUUCCUCAGCUGGAGUUCAUUCAUUCAUUUGUA